AUGUCGCCUGUCCCUCCAGUCCGUAGCUCCCGACGCCGUUGGAGCGAACGGCUGUGCCUGGCAGUGGUCUUCCUAGGCAUUGCACUUCAUGGCAUCUCCCCUCGAGGUUCCAUUGCGUACACCGAUGCUGCACCUGUGGAAAAGGAGGGUGGAAGUGCCAAGAUGGUCACCCUGCUGGCUAUUCCUGUCGUCUUCGUGGUGAUGGCGCGGUCGAUUAGCAAAGCCUUGGCAAACCCCAAAGCCAAGCACGGCGAAAGUGCUUUGACGGCUGAUGUUCUACCAGCAGUGAUGUUCGGCUUGGCUCUGUGGACUCUGGUCAUGUGCGCGAUUCAGCACGGUUACUUGCCGGUGCCCUUCGUGGAAGGGAAACAGUGUGAGCAGCUUGGCCUGGAGACUUGGGGGUAG